AUGAUUAGAUCAUGUUGCAAAUUUCUCAUCAAUUGGGGUGGUUUCUAUCUAUUUUUUUCAGUAAUUGGUUUCAUAUUUUAUGGCCCAUGGAUUAUUUGGGGUUCGAUUGCAACAGCUAAGUAUGUCAAAGAACGACAAUCACAACGUCUCUAUGAUAAUACAAGUUGUUUACUAUUGAACUAUACGAUUCAUGCACAUACAUGCUUUGACUGCUCAGGAGAGGGCUGUGAAUAUCUUCCUUGCUAUGAUGAAAAUUUCUGGGUUUCAUAUUUAAUUCAUAAUGGAACACUAGUAAAUAGUCUCAUCUUUACCAAAGAAGAGCCUACAGAACAUAGUCAGACACAGGAAAUUCUUCUUCGCUGCGGUCAAUCGAUAACAUGUUAUCAGCAUGAUGAUGGACCUUUAGUAGAUUCGAACGUGGAAAUUGAUCUUCAAGCUACUUUCGUUUACCCAAAUCCUAAACCGAAACUAAACGAUCAAAACCAGAAUAUAAUCAAAAUCCAGGUUAUUAUGGCACGGUCGGUUCCGGCCGGUUCCAGUCAUUUCCCGACCGUUUCCUGCAAACUUCGAGCUGGAAACGGUCAGGAACUGACCGGAUAUUUCCUGUGCAAUUCCGGCCGGAAUCCGGCGGCAAGGAACCUGCCGGAACCGACUCAAAUUUCAACGGAUCCAGUCGCCGAAAUGAUCGACCUGGGAACUAAAGUAUCGAAAUCAAAGCCACAUCAAGACCAAGACUCCAAUAUCAAAACUUCAAAACUAGUUUUGGUAUUGGUACAUACCUGCUUGUGCCACCUCGACGAAAUUGUACCGGCAUGUCGAUUGAUGGUGUGA